UUUGUGUUGGCUGGUUGGCGGCGAUUGAUAGCAUGAUAGCGCCGCCAUCAUAGUUUAUUUUUGAGAUCAAACGAUAACCUAUAACCUAACAAACGCGACUAAACUCAACGAAUGCUACGUUUACGUUUGUAGUAAAAAUAACAAGUAUAGCUGCUAUUUUCCUACAAAAAUCGCUCUAAUUCAUAAACUGUGAACGUGUUGCUUGCUUGUAAAAUGUUUAGAAAAGUGUUGCGCCGACGUGUUGUGAAAAUUUAGUUAAAUUAAAUGUACGUUCCUUGCUUUAGGAAAUUUUUUAUGCUCGUGAAAAAUUACUUGUAUAACAAAAAUGCCAAAAAAUCGAUUGAUUACGCGUUCGGUAACGAACACUCGACCGUCCCAUAUGACUUUAAAUUUGGAAUGUGCGGAAGAGCCGCUCAGCGAAGCGCAAUUAAUGUUACAACUAGAACUGAAGGAAAACUAUGACAGGGUUGCUGCUACUUUAGAGGAGUUGGUUAAAGACCAUGGAGGUAAAUUGGUAUGUCAAGCAGGCAAUGUCAACGGUUAUCAGUAUACACUGCCUCCGCACCCCGCGCCAGCAGUAGUUAAGAAUAAUCCUCCGUCAAUGGUGAGCGUAAAUCAAACUAAGGGCCAGCCGAUCAAACUCAACGUACUAAACAAUGCAAAUGGAUCUCAGAGUAAUAUACAGUUGGUAGUGGACUCUAGAAUGGGAGUUAUUCUGGGAUCUGUGGCUCAGCCUCAAGGAACAACCAUGACAACUGCUUCGUCGGGCCCUAUAUCCACUCCAGCGCUAACUUCCGCAUCAACGUCCACGUCUAUGGCCAACACUAUACCUACAAUUUCACACCCCCAGACAGAAAAUUAUAAAUACACAAGAUCUGGGCGCAGGACAAAGGUGCUCCAAGUGCAACAACCUGACAUAAUAGAGGAACCCGUGUUGAUCACUCGAGGAAGACAAAAGGUGGGAUGUCCGACGCAUGUUGUUACACCAACUACUACUAGCCCACAAGGUGUAACCAAUCUCCGAAUAAAGACAGUAAGCAAGCAGAUUGCACCAGUGGUGGUGUCGGCACCAACGUCAACCGUAAGUACCACUACAGGGGCAAUAACCAAGGUAUCGGUAGCAAAGCCAACGGAACACACAAGCAUUGGUGGAAUAUCGGUGGGAAAUAAAAAUUCAGCUUUGGAACAAGUUGACGAAGCAAAGAAGAAUCUCCCAGAUGGUAGAGAGGUAACGUUCAACAAAAUGAACGGUGGCAGGACAUUUCCUUCGUUGGUCGUCAUUGCCAGACCGAAUCUUCGCACCAAAGAUAUCGCUCCACAGGUGGCGCAAAAGGAAAGAUCAGAGUUAGACAUCAAAGUGAAAAGUGUGCUAAUGUUUUCCGCAACGAAGUUCGCCGAAUGGCUGAUACAGCAAGGUCUGGUCAAGUCCGAGCAGUACUGCGUCCAGCAUAGCAACAAUUACCAAAAGACUAAACUGAAACUGGGAAUGUACAGCGAUCAGGGAACGUUCCCCUACUCUGGAGGAUACGUUUGGAUUUCCAGCUGCUGUCCAGACCGCUACGUGUCCGUGUUCUCUGGUUCCAUCUUCCAAGGAGCGCCAUACACGCCUACCGUUCUCUUAAAAUUAAUUUAUCAUUGGGCGUGCCAGACGAAUGUCCAAAACGUUGUCUCCUGGGUUAAAGUGUCCAAUCUGUACGUAAAGAAUUUCUAUACCCACUUGCGCAGCGUUUGCACGGCCGCCAUCUGGGAUAAAACGCGUAAAAUGGGGGGGAAGAAUUCUGUGAUACAAGUAGGCGUAAUCAGCUUAGGGACAACGUCGCAGGACGGGAACCUACGACAGGUGAAGGUCGAAGUGCUCGGCGUGCUUGAUUAUUCCACCCUGGAUUUGAGAUUGAAGGCCUGCGACCCCAUGCAAGACGGCGACAGAUCGUACAAACGACGUUUCAACAAUAUUCUACAUCCACUGAAGGACUGGGUACACACCGACUCGAAGAUUAUGACAGAUUUCACCGUAGAUAAAAGUACCCUUGAAGAGAUGGGUUUUACCCACAUCACCCAGUCAGCGUUCACCGACCAGAGUUCCCGCAACGUCAUGAGCAACUUUCACAUUAUGGAGUAUCUGAGGAAGAUAGUUCCCAGAAUGUUCCAAAAUACUCUCAGCCUGCUCAGCAGGCAAAUGAUCCAGCAGUUUCUAGACGAACUAGUGUGGCGAGAAAUAUACGGCUCCACCGCUGGAAGAGCUUUCGACAACAUAAUCGCGCAUAUCGCAGAGCAAACCAGGAUCUACUCUGAUGAGGGUUUGCUAGAUCGUCUAGCGAAAAUAGCAGCGAAUCCCUUUCAGAACUGGUCGUAUUCGAACCUGAGUCUUCCUCCACUGGCGCAGCUCGUGACCAUAAAUAAAGAAGAUAUUCAGUCGGGCGACGUUUUGGUUCAUCAGACGAGUACCACUGGUAACGUUAAUCAGCAAGAAGCGAUAACUUUUGGCCAAGCAGUGAAGCCUGGACCACGAAGAGGACGCAAGAGGAACAUAAUGACCACGGCUAGCCCAGAACCCGAAGGAAAGAAAGCUAUGCUUGAUUCCAAAGCUACCAGAGACAAAGAGGGCAAAGGUGAACAAAUACAACUGCAGGAGUUUUACUACGCCACCAUGGAAGGCGACAAGAACAUUCUUUCCAAGGAGUACAAAUGCUCCUUGUAUUUCAAGUGCUUCCUCUGUACGACAACCAUGCGCUCCAACACCGAUGUAAUGGAGCACAUGAUCAGUCAUGUUCCCCCCCAGGUACCUGGACAAUCCAACUCGCCCGUGUGUCGCUACUGUUGCACAGCCUUCUCCUCUCAGCAUCAAAUGGUCACCCACGUUACAGAGGCGCACAGUAAUUUCGGUCAUUCGGACAGCGACAUGGUUGUUUGUGCCAUUUGUGAGCAGAAAUUCGGAAACAGCGGUCUCCUCAUAAACCACCUGUCUUCCAUGCAUUAUCCUUCUGAGAUGCCUUAUCGAUGCGAGACCUGUUCUUAUCGCACUUCCAGCCAUAAGGACGCCAUAGACCACUUUUAUAAAAUUCAUGAAAAAGGCGAGGGCCUACAGUGUCCUUACUGUCUGAAGGUGAUACAAUUCGUCAGCGAGGGUAGUCCCAGCGCUACCAGCGUCCACGCUUUUCUGCUACACAUGCAGAGGCACGUUAUUAGAAGGGAGCAGGGACGGGGGAACAAGUGUUCCAAGUGUUGCCUUUGGUUCAAUCAGAAGAGCUCGUUGAAGGUUCAUCAAAGGGAAUUGCAUGACUGUGUUUCCAGUUCGAAGGUCGUCCCCUAUUCCAGUGGUAGUGGUACGAUAAUGGUCUCGAAGCAAAGGCCGCAGAACAGAAGAUUUGACGUAGACAGCCCUGUGACGGAAUUGCCUCGCGACGAAAGGGUAAAGAAGUGGGUCACAGGUCCGAUUACAGUGAAUGUUCCUGUCGCGAAUCUCUCUUGUCAGGAGUGUGAGGAAGACGUGGAAGAACAAGAUCAUUAUCCAGGCGAACAAAGGUGUUACCAGUGUCGCUACAUAACCUGCUGUUGGCGUGCAUUCAAGGAACAUCAACAACAAAUUCAUAACGAACGACCUAUGACUAGCUUGGUGGUUCCCUCCCCCCUCAUAAAUAUUCCCUUAGACAAACGGAUGCAAUGUUCGUGUGGCUAUGCGACAGCUGAUGGAAAUCAACUGGCCACGCAUCUAAUUAAAUGUAAAAAGGUGUCCGCCUACCCUAUAGAAGACACAGCGCCAUCUGGGAUAAUGGAUAGCUUGGGCCUAGUACCAAAGAAUGUUUCAGAUGAAACAGAAGUUGACGGUAAAAGGACUAUCACUAUACGUUGAGACGGAAAAGAGAAUUGUGAAUAUUGUGAACGAUAAGCCAAGAUAUUCCAGGCUUUCACUGCCCGGCUUUCCAUCGUUAAUGCUAACCGAGGCUUCCGGGUCUAAGUAUCUUGUCCAAAGGACACGGAUUACACCCGGAAGCCUCAGUUAGUAUCAACCAUGAUAAGAAUUGGAGAGUGGACUUGAUUAUGUCUGAUUUAGGAAAAAAAAUAAACGUCUCUGUGAAAGAAGGAAACAUCACGAAGCAGCAACUUUCUGAAAUAUUAAUUAAUACAAACUAGAAUGAAUACUAUGGAGUAAAUAACAUAAUCUUGGAUGGUUUAUCAGAUGCAAAUGUCUCCUCUACUUUUGUUAUACGUAACGUCAUCGAUUAUCUUAAUCUAGCAUCUUCAUUCAUUCUACAUCGUUAUAGAUUGUAUCAUACAAAUACAAUUUAUAAUCUUAUAUGUAUUCCCAUGAAGAUGAUUUAUAAUAAUAGAAUCAUCACCAGAGUCAGAAUAAAAACAAUUUAAACGCCAGCUGUUUUCAUUUUCGGUAUAAGAUAAGUGCGUCUUUACUUUUUACCCUUUUGCCCAUAAAGUAUAGAGUAAGCAUAAAACGAAUUUUAUUUUCUUAACUUUUAUUUAGCACGUACGUUUCUUGUACGAAUAAUAAAUGUAGCAUACAUGUACUUUUACGUGGUCAAGUGUACGAAUAUAUUUCAUAAUACUAACCGACAGAAUAAAACGCACCGAAUUAUCCUUCAAUUGGAAAAAUUGAGGCAAAUUUAAAACUAUCUGCGUUAACAUAUAAUAGUCCGUCACUCUGUACUUAACUGUAUUUCUAAUAUAAGCUAUUAACACUUUUUUGUUCAAUUUUUUUUUUCAAGUUUUUAUGAUAUUUUAAACUU